AUGUCUAUCACUUUGAACAAUAGAUAUGAAAUAGAUACUUCAAAAUAUAUUAAUAAAGGAACCUAUAGCAUAGUAUUUUAUUGCAAAGAUAAAGAUAAUGAAUAAUUAUAAUUAGCUGCAAAGGUGAUUUCAGACGAUUCAGAGAAUAACACUAAAUCUAUAUAAGAAUACUAAAUUUUAAACUCGUUAUAAGAUUUCCAAAAUCCACACAUUGUAAAAUGUUAUGAUAUUGGCAAACAUGAGGGGAAAAUAAUUAUUAUAAUGGAAUAUUGUGAAUUGGGAGAUUUGAGUAAGAAAAUUAAUGAGAUGAAAUAACAAAACUAACGAUUCACAGCUGAAUAGAUUCUGGACUUUAUUUAUUAAAUUGUAGAUGGUGCAUAUCUUCUAUAUUAAAAUAACAUUUUUCACAGAGAUAUGAAACCUUAAAACAUUUUAUUAACAAGAGAUUUUGAAUAAAAUUUAUUAUGCAAAAUUUGUGACUUUGGAUCAGCCAGAUUAGUUCAAGAUAUGGGAUUGAAAUAAGAUUUCACAAAAUUUUGUACACCUUAAUAUUAAUCUCCUGAAAUUUAUAAAAAAUAACUAUUUUCGCCUUAAUCAGACAUAUUCUCAUUUGGAUUAAUUAUAUAUGAAUUAUGCCUUUUAAAAUAUCCAUAUAAUAAUUCGGAGAGAGAAAGUUUCUUUGAAUAACUGAAGAAUAAACCAUUCGAAAUUGAUUUGAGUACUAUUGAGGGUAACGAGGAAUAGAUAAAUUUUAUUAAAUUAAUUUUAGAAUAGACUAUAGUGUACGAUUAAGAAUCUAGAUUUAAUUGGUAGUUCUUACAUGAUUUAAUUACAGAAUUUAAAUAAAAUUCAUAAGCCACAUAUGAAUAAUAAAACAAAGACAAUUCUUGUUAUACUAUUGCUAAAUAACAUGUUAAUUUGUUAAUUAGUAAAUUAUAAUUGGCUAAUGCUUUGAUGCUUCAAUUCUAACUUUGUUUUAACAAUCAAUAACUGGAUAUUUCCAUAGAUAUUUUCAAAUUAGCUUUUACUACACUAGCUUGUUGUAAACACAUAUUGGGUAUGUCAAUAAUUUCCUUUAUGGAGUGUAAUUACAAAACUUUAAGUUCAAAUCUCAAAGAAAUAAUAAAUAAAGAGAUGUUUUAAUAAUUAUCUGCAAUUUACAAACAAAAAUUCAAACAAGAUCCUGAUAACAAUUUUAAUUUUGAUGAUUUUGACAUUAAGAAGUUUGAUUAUGCUUUGGGAGUAAUUAUUUUUUAAACCUUUUAAUAGAUGGCCAAACUUUAAAUUAUUUGGAUAAAUGAUUUAAACAAAAGUUAUCAGAACUAAUUUAAGGAUUUAAAUAAUCAUUUUAUUCAAUUUACUGCAUUUGCUAAUAACAUAGGAAUUUCUUAGAGUUAUGGAGAUUAUAUAUGUCUAUGGAAUGAUCUAUUUGAAAAUCAAAUAAAACCAAAGAUUCCAUAUAAUAAUUAGCACGAAGACCUAAUAAUUUUUUAGAGCUUUAAAUUUAAGUUUUAGCACAAGCGAAGUAUAUUACCCUCAAAAGAAUUGUAAUUAGAUCCUGAAUUUACUUGA